UUGUGAGUUUUAAACAUCUUGCGUGGAAUUCAACGCAAAAUUUGCUCACAAACUGAAAUAGUAUUUGCACAAAAUUAAUGAGUGAUUGUCCAAUUGUGAAAAAGUCUAUUAUAUUAGCUCAAAUUUAUGAAGAUCCACCAACUUAUCGUCACUUCUUUUUGUUUGAAGCUUAAGGGUUAAAUAUUGCAAUGAAAGCUGCUGUCUGUUUCUCACCUAAAAACUCCGACUUGGACAAGCAAUUAAUUCAUCGUUUUCUUACUCUGUUUCCAUCUUAGAAUUGACUUCUAUUCUGACUUUGCUUCUGAUCUGCAUUAACACCUCUUUAUUUUCUCUUUGUUUUUCUUUAUGGUAGUUUUCAAUAAAAAGAACACUUAAAAAACAGGUUAAAUUGACAAAUAAUAAAAAAAAAAACUUAAGUUUCUUUUUUACCUGAGUGUGUGAUUGUUAUUUUUACCCCAGUACACUCGGGACCACCAUUUCCUUUCUUCUCUUCUGUAUUUAUUGAAUGUUUGCUCUUUUAAUAUUAAAUUUAACUUCAACAGGAUGUUAUUGAUUUUAAUGAGAUUCAAAGAAUCGACUAUUUGUUAUUGGGAUCACUUUACAUAUCGUUGUUUGAAGCGCAUGACUUCAGCUGUGAAGCAAUAAUCCGUUGCUUCGCAUAGUUCCAUCGCUUAAGCAACGAAGUGAUAUCUUUUAGUACACUGGAUAAUUGAAUGCUUCUUUAAUAGAAAUACUAUGUUAAUCUUUGCAUAAUGUAUAGAUAUUACUAACUUACCACAUUUAUCUAAGUUCAUAUAUGUAAUAUUGGAGCUAAUGAAAACCUUCCUUUAUUGUAAUUUGCAGUACAUUCUAACAACUAUUAAGACACAUUAUGAUUACUAUUAAUAACCACUUGAUAGAUUUUAAAUGGCAAUACAAUGCAUUUUUUUUUUUAGUAUAACUAUCUAGUAUCCGGAACCUAUUGGCUUGAUCCAGAUGCACACCGUAUAGGACCAUUUAAGGGGGAAACGCUCUUUACCAAGGAUUUCUCCGUUCCCAAGACGCAAACCCGAGAUCUCUAGUUAAAUGUUGAGGGAUCUCAUAAAUCCCACUACACCAGUCGUGCAAUCCAAUUACUUAAAGAAAAAUUGAUAUCUGUUUAACAAUAAUUUAAUUUCUUACCUAAGCGAUAUAAUCUUAUUAAUUUUUUCUGGUUAGGAUUAUGUAAUAAGGAUCAUACAAAUUCAAUGCCAUAAGAUCUAUUUAUUCACUUGACUACCACAUUUUGGUAACUCGUUUUUGAAAUUAAUUAGUUGACAAAGCGGAAAAAAUGUUUGACCUUCUGACUGUAUGUGGUACCCUCAGGACCACCACUGUCUCUCUUCUUCUCUUCUCUAUUUAAAUUGAAUGAUUUGCUCUUCUUUCCUUACGCUUUUGCAUUGUACUAUCCUCUCUUCAAGCUACUUAGAAACCCCUUACAAAGUUUCCACCUUUCAUUUCUCACCUUACCUCAACUCAAUUCUUUCACUCUCUUACUUCAAUUCUCUCUCUGUAUUCUUCUGUCGGUAAUCCAAGUGGGAUUUGGUUCUUGAGACUCUUUCUUCAUCUUUCCCGGUUGUUCUUGCUCGAACCUUCUUUCUCUUCUCUAUUCUGUGGUUAAGAAGCACUUUGUUUUCGUGAUCACGGGCAGUUUGGAGGCUCGACACUCACUUGAACUUGUCGUUCUUGAUUACAUGACUAAGAAAGGUUUCCAUCAGACGGGUAAGGUAAUUGCCAGAGAAAUAAUUGCUAAUCCAAAUCCUGUUGCUAUUAAUGCUCCGGAAGGAUUUCUGUUUGAGUGGUGGAAUAUAUUUAAUGAAAUACUCAGCUCUAGCUUCCCUGAGGUUGCUCUACUCGCUGCCGAAUCCUUCAAUAAGGUUGAGCAGACAGUGGAUGCUAUUGUGCCUAAAAUCAAUCCUGAAAAUUCGACUUAUGUUCCUAAUCAUAUUGUGCCGAAACGUAAACCACUUGUGCGCUAUGACAAAUUAAUCAAACAUGACGUGGUUGGCACAUAUGAGCCUCCCAAUGGGGUGUACAUGGUCACUCAAAGAGGAGUUAGUUACCUGUCAGAACGUGAGAGCCCUUCCAACUUUGGGAACAACAGGUCUCUCCAACAAGCAUCUCAUCAAGGAUGGCCAUCUGUUGAUACUGUAGCAGUUCAAAGAUUGGAUAUGCUCAAACUUCCUGCCCCUGCAAGUUCUGGUGAUUUCUUUAGUAUGCUCACUCAAGCUGACUCGAGUGGAAAAGAUGCAGGAAUGCUUGGUGAUACAAAUCAAAGAACCUCGGAGAAUUUACCAGCUGACCAGCAAAUAAUGGCUCCUAUAGGAGGAAUUAUGAAAAUUUCUGGAAAGCAACCUGCAGUGCCGAGUGGCAGAAAGAGGAAAACUCUAUUGAGUUCUGUGGCAUCUGUUGGGAAAGAGAAAGCUACUGUUGCUGGUAUUGCAAAGGACAAUACUAAAAGCUACUUCCCCCAAGGAGAUGCUGGUCUGGUUAGUGCAAGUAAUUCGAUCUAUGCUUUGAGGAAAAGAGCUGAUUUACCUCAUCGGAACCAAUCACUAACACUUGAGAGUGCCCAGGGCGGAAAGUGCACGACUGGAACUUAUUGCCACCAGAGAACAGUUCAAAUAUACACUUUCCUUCACUAACAGACCAUAUUCGUGCACUAUCUUCGCACACGGAUGCCAGUUAAUUCCCACUCAUAUCCCAGCAGAUUGAACGAACGUCUUUGACGUGUCCCUAUAAAUCAAAGAACACGAAAUCACAUUGAUACAUUAUAGUAAUGCAACAAAUAAGAAAUUCAAAACAAGCUUGAUCAAUGAUCAAGAAGAAGCAUCUUACUUGUAACUUUUUUUUGGAUGCUGUUAGUCUCGACAUCAAAGAUAUUUAUAAUAUUUCCGGUAGAACUUGCCAAAAAGUCCCCAAGUUGAGGUUGAAAUCUAACUUGUCUACUACCUCCCUGCAUUUGUACCAAGAGGUAAUCAAUACAGGGUGGUAGUAGACAAGUUAGAUUUCAACUUCCUUGGGGACUUUUUGGCAAGUUCUACCGGAAAUAUUAUAAAUAUCUUUGAUGUUGAGACUAACAACAUCCAUAAAAAGUUACAAGUACGAUGCUUCUUCCCGAUCAUUGAUCAAGCUUGUUUUAAAUUUCUUAUUUGUUGCAUUACUAUAAUGUAUCAAUGUGAUUUCGUUUUCUUUCAUUUAUAGGGACACGUCAAAGACGUUCGUUCAAUAUGCUGGGAUAUGAGUGGGAAUUACCUGGCAUCCGUGUGCGAAGAUCGUGCACGGAUAUGGUCUGUUAGUGAAGGAAAGUGUAUAUUUGAACUGUUCUCCGGUGGCAAUAAGUUCCAGUCGUGCACUUUCCACCCUUGGCAGUCUCAAGUGUUGGUGAUUGGUUCCGAUGAGGUAAAUCAAUGGUGUUUGCAACAUUUUCUUUUGACAGAACUGUGAUGAUAUGGGAUGCAGCCAAGGUACUAUCUCUUUGUU